AUGGAAAAUUCACAAUCUACCGGUAACGCGACAGACACUCCUAAUGAACAGUCUCAGCCCCAGCUGCCGACUUAUUUUCAACCUCAAUCUCAAAAAUCUUCUCAACAACAGCAUAAUCCAAAACCAAAACAAAAUGAUAAUAUAGAUAGAUUGUACACACCACAGUUAAAGUUUACUAAUUUUGCCGCGCAGGCACCGAUAGUAACAAAGUACGUAACUUCAAAAUUUUUAAGACAUGACGUUUCAUACUUUCAAAGAGAAGAAAUUAAAAAAGAAGUGGUGAAAGAAAAGGAGAAUGAAGACGAGAUGGAUGAGGAUGAAGAGGAUGCUACUACAGAGGAGGAAGAGCCAGAACAGGAAGGAUCAAAAGUCUUGGUAAUACAUCCUGGAUCAAAAUAUUUAAGGAUUGGACAAGAAGACAGACAAGAAGACAAGCAAACAGAUAAACAAAAAGACAAACAAGAAGAUAGGCUAGAAGAUAGGCAAGAGAACAAGCAAGAAGACAAACAAAGAAACAGGCAAGAGGACAUGCAAGAAGAAAUGA